AUGAACUUUCUCAAGUCUGCCGUGGCAUCGGCCAUCGCACAAGGUCCUCCGUUUCCAUACAACUUCGGCGACAAGGUUGAUAUCGACGAAUCUAUCUGGACUUUAUACAACGGCACCAAGAGGGAAGAUGGCUCCAACUGCAGCAUCUUUUCCUUCGACAUCACCGCGAACCGAUCCCAGCUCCCCCUAGCCAAGAAUGCUCUGAAGAAGCUUCGAACACUACGACACCCAGGCGUAAUCAAGGUCCUAGAUGCGGUCGAGACGGAAACGUAUAUCUACAUUGCGACCGAGCGAGUGGUGCCCCUGCGAUGGCACGUUCGAAGAAAGAGCCUGAGCCCCGAGACCAUAAAAUGGGGUUUACAUAGCAUUACGCGCACCAUAAAGUUCAUUAACGAAGAUGCGUCCUCCAUUCACGGUAGCAUUAAAGUCGGGUCGAUUUAUACAUCAGAGAGCGGCGAGUGGAAAAUGGGUGGUUUUGACGUUCUGAGCAGCCUCAAAGACGACGAAUCAAUCAUUUAUACAUACGGUAGCUUAGUGCCCGAUGCAGGACGAUACACUCCUCCUGAGUUAGCACGGGGCGGAUGGGAUGUUAUCAAAAAGAAUCCACAUACGGCAGUCGACGCAUUCAAUCUUGGAACACUGAUCUAUGAGGUCUUCAACGGCGACUACAAUGGAACUGAUCAGGCUGGUCAGACCAAGAGCAUCCCCCCUUCAAUGCAAUCUAGCUACAAACGCCUAUGCAACGGCAACCCCAAGGCUCGUAUUAGUGUGGGAGCUUUUCUCGACCAGGGCAACAGAAGCGGAUCUUUCUUCGACAGUUCACUCAUCAAACUGACUGAAGGUAUCGAUAAUCUCGAUAUCAAGACUCCUGAUGAACGAGAAGAAUUUUUAGCCGGAUUGGACGAACUGAGUGACGACUUUCCAGAAGAGUUCUUCAAGUUGAAGGUGAUGCCUGAGUUAAUGAAGUCUGCUGAGUUUGGUGGUGGAGGACCCAGAGCUGUGUCCGUAGUGCUGAAGAUCGCAUCCAAACUCCCCCAGGAAGAUUUUGACUCCAAGAUCUCUCCUUUCAUCAUCCGUCUUUUCGGAAACCCGGAUCGAGCGAUCCGGGUUUGCUUGCUGGACAGUCUUCCUCUGAUGAUUGACCAACUAUCACAAAAGAUCGUCAACGAUAAGAUUUUCCCUCAACUGAUCACUGGCUUCACCGACGUAACACCGGUAGUGCGAGAGCAGACCCUCAAGUCUGUGCUGGUCAUUAUCACCAAGCUCUCAGAUCGCACAAUCAAUGGUGAUCUGCUCAAGCAGCUCGCAAGAACCGCAAACGAUGAGCAGCCAGGGAUUCGCACAAAUACGACUAUCUGCUUAGGAAAGAUUGCCAAACACCUCGGUACCUCGUCCCGUUCAAAGGUCCUUAUCGCUGCCUUUACAAGGUCGCUCAGGGAUCCUUUCGUUCAUGCCAGAAAUGCCUCCCUGAUGGCUUUGGGUGCUACCGCAGAAUACUUUACCGACGAGGACAGCGCUUGCAGGAUUAUUCCAGUGGUUUCCCCAGCCUUAAUCGACAAGGAGAAGAUCAUUCGUGACUCCGCUACUCGAACCAUGGAGGUUUAUCUCCAAAGAAUCAAAAAGGCAGCUGCUUCUAUGCCUGAUAGUGUUCUGCCUCCUCCACAAACUACUGAUGGAUCAGCCCCACGGAUGAGCACUCCCCAGCCGAACGAGAAUACUGGAGGUGGUUGGGCAGGAUGGGCAAUCUCGUCUUUCACCAAUAAAAUAUCCGCGGCUGCAGGCGAAAUCCACGCAGAGUCAGAUUCGCGUGCUGCUUCGCCGGCACCUGCCCCUUCACCUGGCUCUGAGCCAAAGAAGCCACUAACCAGUACCGCCUCGUCUCUUCACCGUCAAGCAGUCAAGUCACCCCCGGCGACCCUAUCGCGGAACUCUUCGCAUACAGCAAGUCUGGUGGCUGACUCAUUCAUGCCCAACGAAGAUAACGACGAUGCUGGGGAUUCGUGGGGCGACAUGAACGACGACUUUGACAGCUUUGACUCCCCUGCGCAAUCUUCAAAUCAACCUGCAACUACGACAGCAUCUGCCGCUCCCUUCGAGGAUGGAGAACCCGACUUUGCUGGCUGGCUGGCUGCCCAAUCCCAGAAGAAGCCUACCAAGUCCUUACCCAAGGGCUUGUCGAAGGCUUCGGCAGCCAAGAAACCCGCCGCUAAACCGGCAGCUAAACCAGUUGCUGCGAAGAAACUUGAUAUGAAGCCGAAGGAUACAGACGAUGAUGAUGGCUGGGGUGAUGGCUGGUAA